CUAAGAAUUUGGUGUUCGAUUUAAACAUAUAUAGAAAACCCAAGUAAACAAAUAAUUGUUCAAAAAUUGCAAUUUAAAUAUGUGUAUUGUAAUGUAUUCAUUACUCCAUAAUUUUGAUAACAAAAUUAAAGUUUUCUACACAAAAAACAAAACAAUAACAUGUCCAGUUAUGUAACUGCAACAUUUUGUGCUGUAACGGGAGCUACCUUUUUUGUUCUCGGUGCGCUUGUGCAACAAGAUAUAUCUUGUAGAAGAAUUAAGGCUAUCAUGGUGACUGAUCCAUAUGUUUACCAAUGUCGGACACACAUUUUUAGGGCCCUAGAGCUUUUUUGGGGGUCAACUAAUAUGUCCGUCGUUGAUAAUAAAACUGCGAAGAAUAGUGGUGGAGAAAAUACACCUAGUGCCAAAACGUCUUUUGAACAACCAGAUAUUGGUAGUGUGUCAUUAUUCGAGCAAUUCACACUGUGGGGUAGGACGAAGGCAAAUAAAAUAAUAGCGUUCAUGAGUUUUUCCGCCGGGCAUCGAGAAGGCAACCUAGAAAAGGAAAUGGAGCAUGUUGCUGGAAUUAUGAAGUAUGGCUUUCCGGGAAUGGAUGAAGUACGCGUGUAUAAAAAUUUUGUACUAUCAUACGAUCGUCGCAACCGCAUUGCCCAUUGGGUGUGCGAACACAUUAAAAAAGACUGUUUAGAGCACAGAGAUCCUAAGACGCUGCAUAAGCCGAAUCUCUACAUAACGGAUACUUCCAUAUUGCCAACAUUUUGUGCAACUAUGCGGGACUAUAGGAAUAGCGAUUGGGUUGGAGGUCAUUUGGCCUCGCCCCAGAACUACAAAUGCGACAUGGUUAAAUUUACGGAAGCCUACAAAUUUCCCAACAUCGUACCCAUUAAUCGGGGACUAAAAAAUCACAUUUGGCUUCGCUUGGAGAACUAUGUAAGGGAAUUGGCUUUUAAAUUCGGAUCGGUAUAUGUUUAUACCGGUCCUCUAUUUAUGCCACAAAGGAUUUCUUUCAGAAACUGGUCUGUGCGUUAUCACGUAACAGGCAUGAAUACUGUUGCCGUACCAACUCACUUUUUCAAAAUCAUCAUUUGCGAUGAGAAUGUCGAUGGUGCUGCACCUCUUAUGGAAGGCUUUGUAGUGCCGAACGCUGAUGUCGACAAAGAAAUGGACCUGCGAUCAUUUUUAUCUGACAUUCGAGAUAUUGAGCACUUUGCAGGUCUUAAAUUUUAUGAUGGCCAGCAGCGAGAUCAGAUAGACAUGGUUGUACAUGUACCCUCUAUGACGGAUUUUGAAGAAUAAUAAAAAUGUAUAUGGAAAUGUAAAUAAAAUACUGAAGUAGAAUAUGAACUUAAGUUAUCACUCGGAAAGGAAAGGACACGGCUAAGCCUCAGGAUGCGAGGAAAAAGGAUUUGAAAUUACAUUUUUAAUGCAGCCCAGGCAAGAAAAAGAGCGCGAAA